ACCGCGCAGACGGUUGAAAAGGAGAAGGAGAGAAGAAGAGGAAGGCAGAAGUCAAAGAGGAGAAACGGAGGAGCAGGACGAGAGGAGACGAGAGAGGAGGAGGUGAUGGAGCGCAGCGUGAUCCGUCUGACUCACUGUCAGAAGGAGAUCUUCUGCUUCUCUGUGCCGGAGCAGUGCCCGAGCUGCGGGGAGGAGCUGAGGGGGAGCAGACUGCAGGAGGCGCCGGUCAGCCUCCCCUCCCCCUUCACCAAUGGGCACAAGACGUCCUGCUGCCUGCUGGUCACACCUGCACACGACAACCUGGACAGAGACUUUGAUGGGGCGGCUGAUCUUCACACCGGCAUCUCCAACACCAAAGGUGUUGUGUAUAACUACACUCGUGGCGGCGUCCGCAGGGAUCAGAGCGGCUGGGAGCGCAGCAUCAGCGUCCCUCUGGUCCGACCCGACAUGUUCCACCUGCUCGCUCAGUGGGACCAGUACCUGGAGCGCUUCUCUGACGGGCCUAUGUGGGACCCUGCUUGGCACAGGUUUGAUGAAAACAACCACAACUGCUUCAGCUUCUGCUUGCACUUUGUGAACGGCGUUCUGGCAGCCGAGGGCCGCGGCGCUCUGAGCAGAGACGACUUCACCCACACCUUCAUCCUGCCGAGGAUGAGGAGGGUGUCCAAAUACACCACGCUGUACCGGCACAUCCAGAAACACCAGUUCUACAAGGUGGACCGACAGCAGCACGCUCAGGGGGCGGAGCCCAGCAGCUGAGCAGCUGUCAUUGGUCACAUGUGACGCUUCAGUGUCAGACCUGAUGUGCAAUGAACUGACGUGCAAUGAACUGACCUACGCACACACACAGACACACAGCUUUGGUUCAUGUCUGUGUGUGUGAGGAUUUGAACAUGGGGCUGCUCGUCCUCCACCUGAUCUUCUUUAGCUCGUUAGUUGUGUGAAUUUUGACCUUUUGUUGUCCCUGAGCCACACCGAGGGUCUCAGAGGAAAUUACAUCUUUUAUUUUAUUCUGAAAUAAAGUUUCUUAAAUCACACUUCCUGCAGCUCUCUGGCGUGGAGCUGCAGGUUUUCACCCUCAGGGGGCAGAAUGUGGCGGGAUGGUCAUCGCCAUGACCGUGAAAGUACGACCAUGCAGCAUUUAAAGCGUGGAAGUA